CCAGUUGCUUCUCGGCAUGGUGCCCAAGGUGUCCAAGGCGUCGUCAACCAUGGCCACGGAGCGCCGUGCAGCGCUGAUAAAGCUGCUAGUUCAGGGCGUGUUCUUGUUCACAGGCGUGUUCUCCACGUGCAUGGCGCAGUUUGUGUUCUACCAGGGCGCAGGCGACCAGAAGGCCAUGCUGCUACCUCUCUGCAACUAUCUGGGUAUGAUGCUGGUGGGGCUCCUACCCGCUGUGGGCGCUGCUGCCGCUCAAAAGACGGUGGGGAAGAGAAACGACACGCAGGAGGAGAAACUGGAGGAGCCGACAAGUCCAAGGGAGCAGCAGACGCCAGCCAGAAUGUCCCCAGAGGAUGACGUGGAGCAGCCAGAGCUCACACCCUCACAGACCGACACAUUGACGCCCACCAAGCGUCGCUCAGUUGACCUGGAAAUUGUCGACAUGGAGCUGACUCGACGUGCCGCUGUAGCCGAAGACGACAACCAGAUAGAAGAGGACGAAGACGUUGGUAGUGACGACGAGACGAAACCAGCGCUGGGCUUUCGCGUGACGCCGUCGUCCGUUUCCUUCUCGUUAUCCACUGUACAGCUCUGCAUCAUCGUAUCUGUAGUACUGGACUUUGCAGGUUGUAUCUUCUCCAACGUGGGCUUGUCCAUGGCCGGCAGCGGACUGUACCAGGUCGUGUACUCGAGCGUCAUCUGCUGGUCGGCGCUCAUGUCCCGCUUUAUCCUUAAGAAACUCGUGUCGAAGGAAGAAUGGUUUGGUAUCGCUCUAGUGACGUUCGGACUGGCGUUUAGCGCUUUGGGAGAGUCAGGGAGCGGACGUGAUAACACCAUCGUGCUCAUGGGCUGCUUUAAUACGCUGAUUGGAGCGGCAUUUUACGGCGGUAACUACGUGACGGGAGAGUACACUCUCAAUCUGGCUGAGCGGCCGCAUCCGAAGGAAUUGUGUCUGAAGAUUGGCGCAGCUUGCGUCGCUAUCAUCGCCAUUUACCAGAGUGUCUUCGUGCUACCCGAAUGGGACGCACUCGUGACGAGGCCUAUAGCUGAAGCCAACGGCAAUACGACGUACAUUGUGUCUGCUCUAGUGGCGUAUACUCUGUCUCAGUUGGCUCACGGACUCACGUACUUUGUGAUGCUGGGCUCCAGCGGUGCUGUUACUACGGGCAUCAUGCAGAGCUUACGCGCCGUGUGCGUCUUCGUGAUCAGCUCGAUGCUGUAUUGCAGUCAGCAGGAGUCGCAGUGCUUCGACACCAAACGCGGUGUCGCCACGCUUAUUGUCGUGAGCGGCGUCAUGUUUUACUCGUGGGCCAAGAGCCAACAGGGCAAGGCCAGCGUGUUAGCUCCGCCGUCGUCUUUGCGACGACCAAAGAAAGACCCAAAGACCAAGAUGGUCGCAGGAAAGAACUACGUCGUCUAGGAGGACAAGGCUCUAUCUUAUACGAAGUACUGUAGUAUUCAUUAAUUCACAACUUUGUAGUAGUGUUACAGUAA